AUGCCAGCGCGCGGCGCGCUGCCGAUUGUGUCCGCGACGAGCGCAAAUGCCCUCCUCUCAGACUUGCGGCCAACAACACUAGCUCCACAGGCUCUCGAGUACAUCAACUUGAUGCUCGAUGAGCUGCUCGUCGGGAUCGUCACGGCCGCCGAGAGCCUGAAUCUCACCGACUUGCGUACUCGCGGAGUGCCAUCCGCGCUGAGCGAGGGUGAGCGUGGCUUUCGCAACCCCGCUGCGCUCGGCGCUCUUGGCCGCGCAGCUGUCGGCGAGGCUGAGGUCGAAAUACGAUCCUGGUACGACGGUCACCCCACUGCGCAGAAGGAUGUGUCGGGCUUCCCACCAUCAGGCAAGGGGCGCGGGCUCGUCGCGAAUGCUGAGGAAGCGCGCGAGCGCUUCCCCACGAGCGAAGCCGUGGAGCUCAUGCGCGUCAAGGUUGCCAGUCUGAGCACGUUUGCCGACGCACAGGACUCAAUACCACUGUCGAGGAGCGACGCAGCGAUCGCGGCAUGGGAAAGCGCAGGCGGCGACGGGUCGGAGGAGACUGUGGCGCCCGCCGGAUUGUGGCUUACGGCUGUCCUGGAACAUAUCUGCGAGCACAUCUUGUCAAAGUUGUCACAGGUUGUGGCGCGAGACUCGUCGAUUGUAACGGCGGCUGUCCAAGAUCUGUACACGGCGCUGUGCGAGGACGACGCCGUGUAUGGCUUCUUCAAGCGCAUGGACGCAAGUGAGCAGUUCUACAAGAGCGUCAUCAACGCCGCCAAAGCUGUUCCCGCGGCUGCCAACCACCACAAGAGAGCCUCGUCCAUCCUCAGCGCUUGGCAACCUUCAACAGAAGACGAACACACCGUCAAGCAUUCACCAGCAGCAUCAACAGCAGCGGAAAAAUCCGCUGAAGACGACUUUGACGCCAUCCUGCGCUCUGGAGAAACAAUGCGCGUGAGCCUCACGCCAAGCCGCUUCAGUACUUUCGAGAAGACGUCGCCCAACACGUCGCCGCAACGGAAGGACAGCGGAAGGGCAAGUGAUCACUUGUCUGUGGCUCCCAUGUCGUCGAGCGAGUCGUCGCUGCUUUCCAUGUCCACCCAGGCCAGCACUACCGACUCGCGCGUCAGCGGCUACCGAGCAGCAGCGGGCCGUAGCUGGUCUUCACAGCAGACCAAGCUCAUGCCGAGAGGGCCGACAAUAGAGGAGAAGGACGAGGACGAUGCCCUCGAUUUCCAUCGGCCGUCCGUCGUCGAGCUCCUCAAGUCAGAACCGCGCGUUCUGUCCCCACGGACUCAGGCGCGCACCGUGCCCGCAGUUAUUCUUGGCUCGCCCAUCCCACAGGCUGAACAUGUUGAUUCAGAAACUGACGCCUCGCCCACUCUAGUGUCCGAGUCGGCGCCAUCGCAGCGGACACAGCGUAGUGCCAGCGAGGGUGGUAUCGUCGAGACCGAGGUCAACGUCAACGGCGAGAUGUUCAGCGGUCAGCGGUCCAAGUCUGAUCGCCUGACGAUGCGACCGGAGACGCGUGAACUCGCCCACUUUCUUUCCACAACAGCACCGCCCCCAAUCACCACUGCGCCCGACUUUACGAGGCCCAUCUCUCCACCGCAACCGUCGUCGCGCUCGGGCCGCUUCAAGAACAUCAUGUCGCGGAUGAGCUCGACACGACGCAAGGAGCCAAAGGAUGAGGAUACCUCUUUCAAGUCGUGGGCAGAGCGCACCCUGCUGCCGUCGCCGUCUGUCCAGACCCUCCGGUCUUACCCAGACAACAGCUCGUUGCAGUCGCCCACACUCCUUCCGCCAUCGCACACGCGCGACGGCUCCACGGGGCUGCGAUCACAGAAGAGCCACUCGUCGGUUGGAUCAGUGUCAACCCUGCACGGGCAAACACCGGGCGGCCAGCCUCGGGCGCAGAGCGCGCGCAACGUCGAGCCCCCGCUAGCCCCGACCGCCACGCCGCGCGAAAUGCUGCGGAGGGCGUCGAUCGUGCGCAAGUGGGCGGCGCAGGUCGGGCACGGCGAACAGAAGUUGACGAGACGCAAGAGCACGCCUUUGAGCGUGAGCUCGCCGCUGCCGGAGAACGACGAGGGAAGCGAGAAGCAGUCGGACGCGGACAGCUUGCGCUCACCCGGUGUCGGCCUAGGUCUUGGAAUGGGCGCCCUGCCGAGCAUAGCGCACAGCGACGGCUUGAUGACAGAGGACGAGUUCACAUCCGCACGAGAGGGCACGCCUGAGGCGGCCCUUGCGACGCUGAAUGGCUCAAUCCGCUCCCGGCCCUCGACGAUCUACUCGCAAGCUUCGGCGCAGCCUCUGCGCCCCGAGAAGCCUCGCAGCGUGACCGCGCCCGCGCGGCAGCUGCGUCACGAGCGCGUCGCGGAACUCCAGGGGGACGCGGUAUCGAACGGUGCGCCCUCCGUGCACUCGCUCGGCACGCGCCACUCCGCCUCGCCGGUACUUGAGCGCCGCUCCCUGCCCCCGCGCUCGCCCGCCUCCUCCCCUCGCGGCUCGCCGCGCGCCCUCCCCCUCCCGCUGCCCUCGAACUCGCCCAAGGCUUCCGUGCGCUCCCUCGACUCGGACCAGGCCGACCAACGCCUGCCCGAGGGCUACGUCGCGCUCGCGGACCUCACGCCGCUGCGCCACCUGCUCGACCACGCGACGACGGCGCGCGAGUGCCAGCUCCUCCUCGACGCGAUUCUGAGCCAGCUCGGCGUCCCCCGGUCAGAGGACACGGACCGCGUCGCCGCGUGGCUCCUCGGCGGCGCGCCGAUGGGCCGGUGGAGCGACAAGGUUGCGCGCCGCGCCCCGCCGCCGCCGAGCGAGGGGUCGAGCGCGUCGCGCUCCAGCCGGCGCAAGAAGCUCAGCGCCGAGGCGACGAACAAGAGCCUGCCGGCGCUGCCGGAGCCUCGGAGGGAGAAGGCGAAGGCGGAGAAGGGAAAGGAUGGGGAGAAGGGAGACGGCGAGGUGUGGGAUCUCACGAGCGAGGACGGCAAGGUGAGGCCUAAUGGGGACGCGAAUGGGCACGGCACGGUGCCCGACGAGGAGCGCGUCGAGGAGGAGUGGAAGCCGGCCGCUACGCGCGUCUUGAUGGCCGCGUAG